AUGAAACUCCAUUUCAAAAGCAGAAUAACCGUUUUAAAAGUAUUAGGGCAUAAAUUACAAAGAGACGCUCAAGUAGAUAUCACACAGCCGACAUCUUCUCCAUUUUCCGUCGAAGGUGGUAAUAACAUCCGAGUAUGUUUUCAGUGUACACCAACUAAUGGCUAUCGUGUACUCGGCUGGAAUCAUAACAACACUCGGAUUGUUGCAUCAAAUCGAAUUUCCCUAGAAUUAUCCAAUACAGAAUUGUGUAUAUCAGCUCUUAAUCCCGGCGAUCUUGGCGAUUACACCUGCGUUGGCAAUAAUAACGCUGGCCAAACUAGAACAGCGUCAUUUGUUUUGCUUGUUACACUGGGAUACUCGAUUGAAACGAAACGUCAACAAACUAUUCCUUUCUUCCAAACUGGCUUAGUGAGUUGUAAAGUGGCUGGUUAUCCUCCACCAAACAUUACCUGGCGAUUAAAUGGCACAGAAAUUGAUUUUUAUCGCUCUAACCGCCACCGGCUUCUAGGCAAUGGGUCGCUUUUGAUCUAUAACGUCAAUCAUAACGAUUCUGGAAGGUAUAGAAUUACAGUAAUUCGACCGGGCCAGCAAAUUCCUCUAACAGAAAGCAUUAACGUAAAUGUUGGUGUUUAUCCGAGAUUCUAUCGCUAUGGACGUUAUCCAGGAUAUCCAGUUAAUGUAACGGUGAUAUCUGGUAGUAAUUUUACUUUAUCAUGCAAUGGGUUAGGUACUCCAACACCAAAUAUAACGUGGCUAGGACCUAAUCGACUUCCGGUCUUUAAUUUACGCUAUCGUGUAACAAAUGGUGGCCGUCUAUUUCACAUUUACAAUGCGCAGCGAAAUUUUGAUAGCGAAUUCACUUGUAGAGUUAAUAAUACCAUCGCUACUAUAAGUGGAACUGCACAUGUUACCAUUUAUGAAAAACCAGUUAUAUCAUCUUUAACUAAUUCACUUAGUAUUGCUACUGGUAGCGCUAUUUCAUUGCGAUGUAUUACAACGGGCUAUCCAAGACCUAGAAUAACAUGGUAUAGAGAUGGUCAAUUUGUAAAUAUAGGAAUUGGUGGUGCCGUUAAACAAGACAUUGUUCGAGGAGAAACUGUUACAAGUUAUUUGAAUAUGACUAACGUUGGUCUUAAUCAAGCUGGUAUUUAUACCUGUUCUAGCAGCAAUAACAUACCUUUCACAUCAAACAGAACUACACAAAUUACUACCAAUGUUAGGGCUCAAGUAGAUAGUUCUUUUGGAUUACCGAUCGUACGUGGAGCUGUUACUGGUAAAACUACUUUGCUUUGCCGUGCUUCGGGGAGUCCACGACCAUUAAUCUAUUGGUCUAAAGAUAAUAUUAAUAUUACUCGUCAAGUUAACCCCUCAAUUACCAUCACUAGUAAAAACCUAUCUAGUAUUGCUAUUUUGAGUAAUUUAACGAUAUAUGGAUUAAAUAGAAGUAAUUUUGGCAAUUAUAAUGCUGCACAUCGCCGAAUUAUCCAACUCCAAGAAAUAAGCUUUCCUAGUUUUCCUAGAUCUGUUACGGUUCGCUCUACAACGACGCACUCAUUAACUAUAAGUUGGUCAUCUCCAAUCAAUCAAGGUGGUGGAAUUAUACAAAUGUAUAGAAUUGCUUAUUAUCGAAAAAAUUUGAGAAAGCAAUAUCAAUAUACGCCAAGUAGCCAAAUAACAUUAAAUAAUUUGGUCGAUAACACUGACUACAUCGUCGAAGUUAGCGCAUCUAACGAAGCAGGAUACGGAAAGUCAGCUACUAUGAUAUUUAGAACAGCAAAGCCAGGUCUGCCUAGCCCGCCGACCAAUAUCGAAAUUAGGCUACUAUCGAAAGAUUCUUUCUUGAUCAAUUGGCAGACUGCAAUAGACAACGGAGGAGUUCCUAUCAUAAGUUAUAUCAUCUCAUAUAAAUUACAUAGCUCUCGAUACAAUUGGUCGGAAUUUUAUGUGCCCAGUUACGAAAGAUCCCAUACAAUCUACAAUUUACCGUUUGGAGGUCAAUAUGAUGUUCGAAUGUUUACAUAUACUAAAGCAGGAAGAAGUAGUCCUACUAGGACCUGGAAUGUUACACUAUCUCAAGCUCAGCUUUCCACAUCCCAACUCGGUGCUAUUAUUGUAGUAUGCAUUAUCUUGUCUCUAAUUGCCUUCGAUCUUGCCGUCUACUAUUUACAUGAAAAAGGAUUAACAGCUGCUAUCAUAAAUAUCUGUUCUACACCUAACGAUACGGAAAUCAUUAAAACAAGCCAAGAUACUACUAUGGUAGCUAAUACUAAUGCCACAAGAAAUAGCAUUAAAGAAGAUCAAAUUUCAGGAUUUCUCAAAUUAAGUAAUUCUACUUUCGAUAUAAUUCUGACUUCUUACAAUAGUGAAUGGAUCUCUGCUAAUGUUUCCUAUAACCAUAGAGUUAGGGUUAGGGUUAGGCUGAACAGCGUUAUGAAUGGAAUUUGGUAA